UCCCACUCCUUCCUCUCGUUGGUCACCGCGCUACGGCUCGUAAUGGCGGCAGCUGCGUAGGGGUUCCCGGAUCUUGCUGAAUCCCGGAGGCCGCCGCUGCUCCGCGCGCUCGGGCCCGGGACAGCCAUGGGCCGAGAGUCCAGACAUUAUCGGAAGCGCUCCACAUCACGUGGUCGUUCCGGUAGCCGCUCUAGAAGUCGAUCUCCAGCUGACAAAAGAACAAAACGUGGAGAAGACAGACGUUCUAGAAGUAGAGAUAGAGAACGUAGGCGUGAGAGGUCACGCAGCAGGGACAAGAGGAGAUCUCGGUCACGGGACAGGAAGCGCCUGAGACGUUCAAGAAGCAGAGAGAGGGAACGGAGCAGAGAGAGAAGAAGAUCACGCAGUCGAGAGAGGAAACGGUCCAGAAGUAGAAGUAGACGGUCCCGGUCCACCAGUCCUGGCAAGAACAAGAAAACAGAAAACAGAUCAAGGUCUAAAGAAAAGACAGAAGGUGUGGAAGUUUCCAAAGAAAAGAAAAAAGAAAAAGAAGACAAAGAAGAAGAAAAGGAUAAAGAUAACUUUGAUCAGAACAAACUAGAGGAGGAAAUGAGAAAACGAAAGGAAAGAGUGGAGAAAUGGAGGGAAGAACAGCGCAAGAAGGCUAUGGAAAACAUAGGAGAACUGAAAAAAGAAAUUGAAGAGAUGAAACAAGGGAAAAAAUGGAGCUUAGAAGAUGAUGAUGAUGACGAGGAGGAGACUGCAGAAGGGGAAAAAGAAGCAGAAGAGAUUGAAGAUGAAGAAUUAGAUCCACUGGAUGCUUACAUGGAAGAAGUUAAAGAAGAGGUCAAGAAGUUUAAUAUGAGAAGUGUGAAAGGUGGAGGUGGGAAUGAAAAGAAGUCUGGACCGACUGUUACCAAAGUAGUGACUGUGGUGACAACCAAAAAGGCAGCUGUGGAAUCAGAAAAGAAGAAAGGCGAGCUCAUGGAGAAUGACCAAGAUGCAAUGGAGUAUUCGUCAGAAGAGGAGGAAGUUGAUCUUCAGACUGCCCUGACGGGCUAUCAGACCAAACAGAGGAAGCUGUUGGAACCAGUGGAUCAUGGGAAGAUAGAAUAUGAGCCCUUCAGGAAAAACUUCUAUGUUGAAGUUCCAGAGCUGGCUAAAAUGACGCUGGAUGAGGUAAAUGUAUACAGGCUGGAAAUGGAGGGCAUUGUAGUCAAGGGAAAAGGCUGCCCCAAGCCAAUCAAAACCUGGGUACAGUGUGGUAUUUCCAUGAAGAUUCUCGGUUCUCUUAAGAAACAUGGCUAUGAAAAGCCCACUCCCAUCCAAGCUCAGGCUAUACCAGCCAUUAUGAAUGGACGUGACUUGAUUGGCAUUGCUAAAACAGGAAGUGGAAAGACUAUUGCAUUUCUGUUACCUAUGUUCAGACACAUCAUGGAUCAGAGGUCAUUAGAAGAAGGAGAAGGUCCAAUAGCUGUCAUCAUGACCCCAACUCGAGAGUUGGCUUUACAAAUUACCAAGGAGUGUAAGAAGUUCUCAAAGACACUUGGGUUUAGAGUUGUCUGUGUCUAUGGAGGAACAGGAAUCAGUGAACAGAUUGCUGAACUAAAAAGAGGUGCUGAAAUUAUUGUUUGCACACCUGGACGUAUGAUUGACAUGUUAGCAGCUAAUAAUGGUCGGGUGACAAACCUUCGCAGAGUUACAUAUGUUGUACUGGAUGAAGCAGACAGAAUGUUUGACAUGGGUUUUGAACCUCAGGUCAUGCGCAUUGUAGAUAACAUCAGACCUGAUCGUCAGACAGUCAUGUUCUCUGCCACCUUCCCCAGAGCUAUGGAGGCAUUAGCUCGCCGUAUUCUGAAUAAGCCAAUUGAGGUACAAGUUGGGGGCAGGAGUGUUGUCUGUUCUGAUGUGGAACAAGAGGUGAUCGUGAUAGAAGAAGAGAACAAGUUCUUGAAGUUACUUGAGCUUCUGGGACAUUAUCAAGAGAAAGGAUCAGUCAUCAUAUUUGUUGAUAAACAGGAACAUGCUGAUGGGCUGCUGAAAGAUUUAAUGAGAGCCUCUUAUCCCUGCAUGUCACUUCACGGAGGUAGUGUGCAAUCUUAA